GAAGUUUCUCUCUCCCCUAUUAUUCAGAUGCACAUAUUUAGGACGUUCUGUGCCAUAAACACCACCAGCUCUGCUAGUUCUUUACCGGGUUUAUAUGGUUGCAAUUUGAAAAUCCCCACAUUGGAUGUGUAGUGAUUAUACUGCUGUAGAAACUCCUAGAUGGAGGGUGGUGGGUCUCGCUUCAUCAGAUUCUGUAACUGCAGUCAGGUUGCUGGGCAGCUUGUUGUUGUUUCUGCUGGACAUUCUGGCUGAAGACUGGCUUCACGGGGAGCAGUUUGAAUAAAACUCAGAUGGCCAGCAGCCGCCAAUCCCUACCAGCUGCGGCUUGAACUCCUGCUUCCGGGUAUGACCAGAAACAGCACUCGAUCUAUUAAUAGAGUUCAUUUCUGACCAAAAUCUUAAAAGAAUUUGCAAAGGGAUUUGACAAAUCAAUCCUUAAAAAAAACCUUUUAGCAUGGAAUUUUUCAAAUAUAUUAAAAAAUUAGAGGAAUACUUUAAUGUAUUACAUAGCUUCAAUAAUUACCAACACAAGGUCAAUCUUGGACAAGUCCAUUUUUAAGUUCAUCUGAAGAGUAACUAGCCAUUAACAUCUGAAAAAGACAAAGGAAGAGAAACUUUAAUAGUUAUCUAACAGAGGUAUUGCAGAUAGCCCUGAAACAGACUCACAUUUUUGUGGUCAGAGAGUGACAAAGGUGCAAUUUCAAAUCAGUGUAGAAAGGAUGGCUUAAAAUUAAUAUUAUUAGGUCAAUGGGCUACAAAAAUUGGGAAGAAUUGAAGUUAAAUAAUUUACAGCAUAUGGAAAAUAAAUUUCAGAUGGAUUAGAGCUCUAAAUGUAAAGUUAAGCCUAUAAGAAAAUUAGAAAAAGUUAUAAGGGAAUUACAGAUUAAUAAUCUUGGUGUGAAGGUCUCCCCAAGCCAUGUAAGAAUGAUAAAUCUGAUUACAUGAAAACCUUAAGCUUCUACAGAGUGAAAAAAACAAAUUAAAAGACAAGUUAGAGACUGCGAGAAACAUAUGUCACUCAUAAAUCAGACCAAGGAGACUGGACGAAGACAUGGAGAUGUGAAGUAGGAGGUGUGCUCAGGAACAUAGUUUAAUGUCAUCCACGUACAGGAUAAACGGCUUCCCACGUCAUGUCCCAGAAAGCGAUUAGUCGAUGGGAUUUGGGUGAGUACUUUCUUCUCUCUGUUUUCCUGAAUUUUUCUUUUUUCCUUCUUCCCCUUUCUUCUUUCUCUUUUUUUCACAAUGAUGGUGUGUUUGUAAUCGACAUUUUAAAAAUUCUGUAACAAUUAAAUUUGGGGGCGGCCUUCCCUUGUUUCCCGUAUGGAGUGUUGAUGUUUCAGCAGCUUUAUUUGGAGUUUACACGUGGAGGCACCUGGGUUUGGGGCUUCUUUUGUGUCCCCAAGACACCUAUUGCAGAAGUGAGUCCUAAGAGGUAGAAAACAGAUGCAUGCGCAGGGCUGGGUGAAGCAGUGUGGAGCCUGUGUGAGAGGAGGCACGGGCGCGAACACAGGAGCGCACUUCCUCAUUCCGCUUCUCCUCAUCCUCUCUCCCACUGCCAUUGGCAUCACUCAUCCCAUCCGGUCAUCCCAAGUCACGCGCAAGAGUUCGUUCCCGGCGCGCGCGUCAGCCUGACUCGAGCGUCUCCACGUCCGGGGCCCGCAGGGGAGCGCCCCUGCCCCGUCCGGUCGCUUGUUGUGUUGUCAUCACGUGGCCUGGGCGGGCCCUGACGUCAGGGGUAGGGGAGGGACGGCGCAGGCGCAGAAAAGGGGGCGGCGGACUCGGCUUGUUGUGUUGCUGCCUGAGUGCCGGAGACGGUCCUGCUGCUGCCGCAGCCCUGCCAGCUGUCCGACGAUGUCGUCCCACCUAGUCGAGCCGCCGCCGCCCCUGCACAACAACAACAACAACUGCGAGGAAAAUGAGCAGUCUCUGCCCCCGCCGGCCGGCCUCAAUAGUUCCUGGGUGGAGCUACCCAUGAACAGCAGCAAUGGCAAUGAUAAUGGCAAUGGGAAAAAUGGGGGGCUGGAACACGUACCAUCCUCAUCCUCCAUCCACAAUGGAGACAUGGAGAAGAUUCUUUUGGAUGCACAACAUGAAUCAGGACAGAGUAGUUCCAGAGGCAGUUCUCACUGUGACAGCCCUUCGCCACAAGAAGAUGGGCAGAUCAUGUUUGAUGUGGAAAUGCACACCAGCAGGGACCAUAGCUCUCAGUCAGAAGAAGAAGUUGUAGAAGGAGAGAAGGAAGUCGAGGCUUUGAAGAAAAGUGCGGACUGGGUAUCAGACUGGUCCAGUAGACCCGAAAACAUUCCACCCAAGGAGUUCCACUUCAGACACCCUAAACGUUCUGUGUCUUUAAGCAUGAGGAAAAGUGGAGCCAUGAAGAAAGGGGGUAUUUUCUCCGCAGAAUUUCUGAAGGUGUUCAUUCCAUCUCUCUUCCUUUCUCAUGUUUUGGCUUUGGGGCUAGGCAUCUAUAUUGGAAAGCGACUGAGCACACCCUCUGCCAGCACCUACUGAGGGAAAGGAAAAGCCCCUGGAAAUGCGUGUGACCUGUGAAGUGGUGUAUUGUCACAGUAGCUUAUUUGAACUUGAGACCAUUGUAAGCAUGACCCAACCUACCACCCUGUUUUUACAUAUCCAAUUCCAGUAACUCUCAAAUUCAGUAUUUUAUUCAAACUCUGUUGAGGCAUUUUACUAACCUUAUACCCUUUUUGGCCUGAAGACAUUUUAGAAUUUCCUAACAGAGUUUACUGUUGUUUAGAAAUUUGCAAGGGCUUCUUUUCCGCAAAUGCCACCAGCAGAUUAUAAUUUUGUCAGCAAUGCUGUUAUCUCUAAUUAGUGCCACCAGACUAGACCUGUAUCAUUCAUGGUAUAAAUUUUACUCUUGCAACAUAACUACCAUCUCUCUCUUAAAACGAGAUCAGGUUAGCAAAUGGUGUAAAAGAAGCUUUAUUGUCUAGUUGUUUUUUUUCCCCCAAGACAAAGGCAAGUUUCCCUAAGUUUGAGUUGAUAGUUAUUAAAAAGAAAACAAAACAAAAAAAAAAGCAAGGCACAAGAAAAAAAUAUCCUGGGCAAUAAAAAAAUUAUUUUAAACCAGCUUUGGAGCCACCUUUUUGUCUAAGCCUCCUAAUAGCGUCUUUUAAUUUAUAGGAGGCAAGCUGUAUAAAUGAUAGGUAUGAAAUAGAAUAAGAACUAAAAUACAUCAGCAGAUUUUCAUACUAGUAUGUUGUAAUGCUGUCUUUUCUAUGGUGUAGAAUCUUUCUUUCUGAUAAGGAACGUCUCAGGCCUAGAAAUAUAUGAAAUUGCUUUUUGAGAUUUUUGCGUGUGUUUGAUAUUUUUUACGUUAAUUAGCUGCAUGUGAAUUUUUCAUGACCUUCUUUACAUUUUUUGUUUUUUAUUUCUUUAUUUUUUUUUCUCUAAGAAGAGGCUUUGGAAUGAGUUCCAAUUUGUGAUGUUAAUACAGGCUUCUUGUUUUAGGAAGCAUCACCUAUACUCUGAAGCCUUUAAACUCUGAAGAGAAUUGUUUCAGAGUUAUUCCAAGCACUUGCACAACUUGGAAAAACAGACUUGGGUUGUGGGAACAGUUGACAGCGUUCUGAAAAGAUGCCAUUUGUUUCCUUCUGAUCUCUCACUGAUUAAUGUUUACUGUACAGUCUUCCCAAGGUGAUUCCUGCGACUGCAGGCACUGGUCAUUUUCUCAUGUAGCUGUCUUUUCAGUUAUGGUAAACUCUUAAAGUUCAGAACACUCAACAGAUUCCUUCAAUGAUAUACUUGUUCGUUCAUUUCUAAAAUGUGAAGCUUUAGGACCAAAUUGUUAGAAAGCAUCAGGAUGACCAGUUAUCUCGAGUAGAUUUUCUUGGAUUUCAGAACAUCUAGCAUGACUCUGAAGGAUACCACAUGUUUUAUAUAUAAAUAAUUACUGUUUAUGAUAUAGACAUUGAUAUUGACUAUUUAGAGAACCAUUGUUAAUUUUAAAACUAGCAAUCUAUAAAGUGCAUCAGGUCAACUUGAAUAAAAACACUAUGACAGCCAGGUUUGCCAGUUUGCAGAAACUAACUCUUUUCUCUCACAUCAACAUUUGUAAAAUUGAUGUGUUAUAGUGGAAAAUAACAUACAGAUUAAACAAAAUUUUUAUCUUUUUUCAAGAAUAUAGCUGGCUAUCUUUAAGAAAGAUGAUAUAUCCUAGUUUUGAAAGUAAUUUUCUUUUUUCUUUCUAGCAUUUGAUGUCUAAAUAAUUUUGGACAUCUUUUUCCUAGACCAUGUUUCUGUCUUACUCUUAAACCUGGUAACACUUGAUUUGCCUUCUAUAACCUAUUUAUUUCAAGUGUUCAUAUUUGAAUUUCUUUGGGAAGAAAGUAAAUCUGAUGGCUCACUGAUUUUUGAAAAGCCUGAAUAAAAUUGGAAAGGCUGGAAAGUUAGGAGAACUGACUAGCUAAACUGCUACGGUAUGCAAUUUCUAUUACAAUUGGUAUUACAGGGGGGGAAAGUAAAAUUACACUUUACCUGAAAGUGACUUCUUACAGCUAGUGCAUUGUGCUCUUUCCAAGUUCAGCAGCAGUUCUAUCAGUGGUGCCACUGAAACUGGGUAUAUUUAUGAUUUCUUUCAGCAUUAAAAAGAAACAUAGUGUUGCCCUUUUUCUUAAAGCAUCAGUGAAAUUAUGGAAAAUUACUUAAAACGUGAAUACAUCAUCACAGUAGAAUUUAUUAUGAGAGCAUGUAGUAUGUAUCUGUAGCCCUAACACAUGGGAUGAACGUUUUACUGCUACACCCAGAUUUGUGUUGAACGAAAACAUUGUGGUUUGGAAAGGAGAAUUCAACAAUUAAUAGUUGAAAUUGUGAGGUUAAUGUUUAAAAAGCUUUACACCUGUUUACAAUUUGGGGACAAAAAGGCAGGCUUCAUUUUUCAUAUGUUUGAUGAAAACUGGCUCAAGAUGUUUGUAAAUAGAAUCAAGAGCAAAACUGCACAAACUUGCACAUUGGAAAGUGCAACAAGUUCCCGUGAUUGCAGUAAAAAUAUUUACUAUUCUAAAAAAAAUGAGAAUUGAAGACUUAGCCAGUCAGAUAAGUUUUUUCAUGAACCCGUUGUGGAAAUUAUUGGAAUUAACUGAGCCAAAGUGAUUAUGCAUUCUUCAUCUAUUUUAGUUAGCACUUUGUAUCGUUAUAUACAGUUUACAAUACAUGUAUAACUUGUAGCUAUAAACAUUUUGUGCCAUUAAAGCUCUCACAAAA